AUCCUCCUGGCGCUUGAACCCAGCGUAUCGAAGCCUUGUGACCGACAGAUACCUGCCUUUCGCCACCAUCAUAUCCUUACCUUCUCAAUCAAGGCAUUCUUUACCUUCAGCGACCAUUGUCUAGGAAUACUUGCCCUUUGUCGACUUUGACUUACCCCGGUCCCCACCCCGCGGUCGCUGCGACACAUGCGAUUACGCCACUCCUACGACUCAGAAUGCAAGAAACAACAAAUCAAGCAAAGCCAACGCCCACGCGUCGCCGACAGGGUCGGGGCGGUGGCGGCAAGGCUGCUGGACAGAAGAUGUAUGCAUCCGAGACCGACGUCGCCAACGUCUCAGCGCUGGCCUACGAACAAGCCGGUCAUCCUCAUACCCCCCAGAAGUCAUACUCUGGCUCGCCUGAGCCGCAGUCCGGCAACGGCAACCAACCUGGCUCUAAACAGCGCUCGCGCAACAAACCCCGGGCGAAGAACCCCAAAACCGUAGCUUCGCCCGACGUCACCCGCCAAAACCGCCGCUCGACCCCUCAGAGCAUCCCGGUAAACAAGUCGGCAGCCGCCGCUUUCGCUGGCGCAACUUUCCAUGCUUCGCCUGCUCCGUCAGCCUUACCUAUGCCCAGCUUCUACUCCAAGUCCAUUCCCGAAUCUCCAGGACCCAGGCCGGAAGCUCAACAGCAGCCGUCACCUCCGGCAACCGAACGCCAACGUCCGACACCUCAGCAUCCUGCGACCGCACGUAGAGCUCGCGAGUCGCCCCUUGACGCCAUUUUCAGGGCCGACAGAGCUGAGAGGGAACAGGCGCGACGAUCCAGUUCACUCAACUCGUCCGUUCAGACAGACGGUUCUGAGUCAACCGCUGCCCCUUCGCCCAAAGAGGCCAACCACGGUCCUUUCGUUGCGAAACCUUACAACACUCAUCCUGGGCACUGUAUGCCACUCCAGAGAUCAUCUAGUGGGAUUUCGGCCCAGGAGCUUGACGGCUUUUCGGGAAAGCCCCUUGGCCCUGCCUUCUCCACCCCGUACCAAGAGCGAAUCCGUGCUGCCCGCGGCGCUCCCAACCAGUCUCCGAAUGGUACAAGACCUUCGCAGGUCUCGCCAGCUGAGGACCGCUCUGAAGCUCUGAAGAAGUAUCUCUUCGGAGGCAAAGGCAUGGCUUCGGCUGCUCAGCCACCAGCUUCGGCUCCGCCGGCUCAAUACGUCCAUAACGGCUUCAUGGGAAACAAUCCCGCACCUCAGGGCGACCAAUCUGCCGACCUUCGCGCCAUGGAGGACAACUUGCGCCGCAUUCUGAAACUCGAGUCGCCUAUGGCAUCUACACAACCUGGGGAUCGUCCUCUGUACUCUUAGGCGGCCAUUGGCUGUCGAUUGCAAACAACAACAACAACAACAACAACAACAAGGUUCAUUACACUUGGUAAUUCGAGCGUCACUUGGCUGGU